UAAACUAGAGUAUUGUGAACAGAGAAACAUGUUUCUGUUAAUUACUUAUUCGUGAUUAUCAUGUAAUUGGCACUGUAAUUACCUUCCUCGUGUUCUCCUGUAACUUACACGCUGACAGUUGUUUGGAUGCACUUCAUGGCGCUCAUUAGAAGCUUUCAAAUAGACCCAAAUUAAUCGCCCAUGAAUACAAACCUGAUUCAUUAUGUUCAUCGUGAUUGUAUUAAAUGGUGAUGGUUGUAGGUACGACUACGAUAUGAAGAAUAUACAUACAAAUAUUUGUAACUGUACUUGUACAAGAACUCUUAAUCGCUAAAUAUUAUCAAGGAAUUAAUUGUAUUUUCAAAUUGUUGUUAAGAAAUCUUGUUACGUUUUAAUUUUGGUUGGGCGCAAAUUAGUUUGACAAAUCCAAGCAUUUAAACCACCCAUAUCCAGUGUGAUGGUAAUAGUACUCCCAAUCAGGAUGCCUAUAAAAUAUCCAAGAAUGUUAAUAGCCCCGUAAUAACAACAUGAUUUAUUUGACUACAACCCGUUUCUAUUAAUGAAAUAAAUAAAACCGAUAUUUGUUGACCAAGGGAUGGUUUUGUGUAUCGUCGUCUCGUCCCAACAUAGACAAACCUGCAUCUGCUGUCUCUUUCUUGAAGGCAUCGCGCAACGGUUGGCCGGCUCUAUGUCACUCAGUUGCGCACACGCAGCCGCGGGAAGUGUUCGCGUUUGAAAAUCGAAUGUUUUUCGCGCGAACUAUUAUAAUUGGCCAGUGGCUUUUCGUUUUGCAUUAAGUGUUUGGAACUUUUUUGGAUGACGUGAAGUGUAUUUAAUAAAGACUAAUUAAGCUAAAGACAAUUACAUAUCACCUCCUAAUACACACCUUUUUGCACGCCAUAACAGUAAAUUUCACACUCACGCAGAAAGAGAAAGUUCUAGAAUGUGGAGCAAUGGAUAUACCACGGGCGGUAACAAUAGUGCCAAAAUGUCCGCGACCGCGACACGACACGUGAAGUCGUCGAACUCGGCGAACAUCUUGAUGUGCAAACAAUGGUGGAAAGUGUGCUGGAUGUACGGCGACCAGGAGAAGUACUACAGACAGCUCUACGGGAAAAGGAAACUGAACAACCUCAACACAACCUUCCUGAACUUCGACGACACCGACACCAAACGACCCGGAGCACAAAUAACAGAGCUUACAGACGAUUUCUUUGAAGAUAACAGUUCACAAAUAGAACCCGCGCCAGACGAGCCAGACUCGCCGAGAGAAACAUUCGGCGCUGAAUCAGAACCCAUCUACGGUUUUGAUUACCAAACAACGUGGCAAAAAGACCAAAGAAGACAACCCAUACAACAGAACUACGACGCCUACAUGAACACGACAGAUCUAGACAAAAUAUUAAACUCGAGUUUCAACGCAGAUAGUAUUAAGAGUAUGUUAGAAAACGGUCUACCUCAGAGAUCUAAAGUUAUUGACGCGAAGGAGGAGAUAGUGAGGCAUGGGAACACUGUGGGGAAGAAUUCUAGGACAGUUUGUCGAACAAAGAAAGGGGCUUUAGUUACUGAAGAAACUGAGAUAUCUACGGACGGGAGGACGCUGGCGAACCUGAAGUUCCAGCGGUCUACCGUGAGGACCGGGCCCAACAAGGUGAAGGAGGCACUGCAGCCACUGCGGGAGGACAGGGUCCUAGACGAGUGUUCCCGGAAGAAAUGCAUCGGGGACAAGCUGACCACCACCACCACCACGCUGGUGACCGUCACGCAGACUUCCACCACGUCGUGCAAUGAGCCCGUCUGCCGGAACUGCGUGGUGUCACCAACAGGCUCCUCUCCUCCGCCGCUGCACGAGCAGGCCUCCUCGCCCCCGCCGCCCGCGCCCGCCUCCCCCCUCACGUCACCCCGCCUGCUGCCCUCACUACCAUCCCCGCAACCAUCGCACAGCGGCUCCUCAGCACCGAGCGUCUCAAACUCGCCCCAUCCGUACUCGUAUCCAAACUUUAGAAGAAGUCAACCAGUUCAGAAUCAAGGGUUCUCAGAGUUCGGGUUGCUGCACAGUCAUAGUGUGUCGCAGCUGAACCAGGCGGGGCAGAGCUACCAGUCGCCGCAAUCACCGCAGUCUGCGAUGUCGCUGUCGCCGCACCCGCCGCCGCAGGGGAAGUUCCGCGGCCUGCUGGAGCACGCCGAGCGGCUGAUGAAGCCGGGGGACCCGCACCGACACUCGCAGAGUGAUGACGACUCUGGAUGCGCGCUGGAAGAGUACACCUGGGUGCCGCCGGGGCUGAGGCCAGAACAGGUGCACCUGUACUUCUCAGCGCUGCCGGAAGACAAGGUGCCGUACGUGAACAGCGUGGGGGAGAGGUACCGGCUGAAGCAGCUGCUGCAGCAACUGCCGCCGCAGGACAACGAGGUAACUAGCCCACCUCCACCCCACAGCCAGAAGGUGCGGUACUGCCACGCGCUGUCUGAUGAGGAGCGGAAGGAGUUGCGGCUGUUCAGCGCGCAGAGAAAGCGGGAGGCGCUGGGCAGGGGGCAGGCGAGGCAGCUGCAUGCGCCGGCGCCGUGCGACCGGUGUGAGGAGUCGAUGUCAGCGGGUGACAUGUGCGUGUCGGCGGCUCGAGCUGGACCCUCCUCCCGCUGGCACCCCGCCUGCUUCGUGUGCUCGUCUUGUCAAGAGUUGCUAGUGGACCUGGUGUACUUCUGGAAGGACGGCCGCCUGUACUGUGGCCGGCAUCACGCCGAGACCCUCAAGCCGAGGUGUUCCGCCUGCGAUGAGAUAAUCCUAGCAGACGAGUGCACGGAAGCGGAGGGUCGCGCUUGGCACAUGAAGCACUUCGCGUGCGCGGAGUGCGCGCGCCAGCUCGGCGGCCAGCGGUACAUCAUGCGCGACGCGCGCCCCUACUGCCUGCCCUGCUUCGACAACUGCUUCGCUGAGUACUGCGACGCCUGCGGGGAACCCAUCGGCGUCGACCAAGGACAAAUGUCCCACGAGGGACAACACUGGCAUGCCACCGAACGAUGCUUCGCUUGCCAUACAUGCAGAGCAAGCUUAUUAGGGAGGCCUUUCCUACCGAGAAAAGGAGCGAUAUUCUGCUCGAUAGCGUGUUCCAAAGGCGAGCCGCCUACGCCUUCGGACUCCUCAGGACCUGGACCUAGACCACCGCGAGUACCUAAGCCUAGAAGAAUUCCAUCACCAAAAUCUCCUCCUAGAUCACCUCAUCGAGAACCCUCGCCUCAUCACAUAGACGCUGAUUCAGAGCCGAGUGCAUCCCUCGCGCCUGAGUCCCCGCCCCCGCACCCACCGCCGCCGCCGCAUGCUUGUCUCAGCCUAGACAGGGCAUUAGCAGACCUCCGCCUAGAACAAUCGAUGACUGAACAUCAAAUACAACCCACACCGACAUCCGACGACCACCACGACGAGUCCCCUGAGGACUGGAAGCCGCCGCACCCUGUGGAAGCGCAGGCUGUGGUCACGCCGGGACACUCCACCUCGAUGCCAGAACUGACGUUAGUGGACGGCACCAAGAAGUCUCCUCGGAAAGCGAGAGGGGGCCGGACUGUCAGGUUUUGUGGUGACGACAACGAAGCUUUCGAGCCGGACGAGCCUCCGAGAAGAGAGAAGGUGAGAGAUGAAGACGCGAGCAGCUACUGCAGCACGUGCUCCUCGUCGUCGUCAUCGGCGGAGUCGUACACGCUGCCCACGCGGAGAGCGUACGGUGGCGUAAGGAUCUCCUACGUGCCCAACGACGCCGUCGCCUGCGCCAAGAGAGAGCGACAGAGAAAGAAUGCCCAACAGGACAAGAACUGCAUCAUCUCGUGAUCCAGGCUGCUCGUAGUGCCUCAACCCUCCUAGUGAACCGACCUCCGAUGUAAAAGACUGACUUUUUGAUAGAUUUUUGUAGCCCCCAAAUGCCAUAGUAUUGUUAGAUAGAAUACAUCAGUCUUCCUUAGCUGCUUGAUAUCUUGCCAGGCCUUGCGCCGCGCCGAGCCGCCCGGCGGGGCAGGUGUGCGCCGCGCGGGCGGUGAUCAUGUUGUGACGUGCACAAUGUUAUAAUCGUUAUCUGUACAAAAGGCUUAAAUUGUAAAGGGUUUUGACAAAUGUAUGUUCUUACGAGUAAUUUGGGAUUAAUCGGUUUAAAAUGUGACGGUUUCAUUCAUUUGUAGCACCUUUGCUGGUAUUAUUUGUAAUGGAUCUGCUCGCAGCAUUCACCGCAGAUGACAACUGCCGCUCACAGAACGCAUGCCUUGUAGUGUAAGGGGCCUAAACUAACUUGAUAUGAUGACGUCAGCUUUAAAUUAUUUCUGAUUUAAUAUAUAAACAUAUCGAAUGCUUUCUGUAGUUUAUUCUUGUUCAUGAAAUGAUUAAUUUAAGACAUAUCCCACUUUGCCACUUAGCCGUAAAUCGCUGUAAGUGUAACAUAAGUUAGAAUUAAGAGAUUAUUGUAAAAAUGCGAGUACAAAUAUACGUGUUAUUUUGUAUUACAGUUUACUAUUGGAAUGUGUUCAAACUGUGUAAAUAAAGCAAUGACUAAUAGGUAUUGUUAGGAUGUGUGGUGUGAGUGACGAUGCUUAGACGAAGGGGUACCAGUCGCGUUAACAUGUAGCUGACUCUUCUCUGCUGUUAUUUUGUCUUGAAGAACUUCUAGAAUGCAGAAUAUUAUGUUGAAAUUCAUUCUCUCAUUGCCUAUAAGCAACUCGGUUGUGUUAGGUCUGUCGGAACCCACCAAUAGUAACAAAGGACUAGAGUCCUACCUGUUAGAAAGGACAAUUCUAUUAACAAUCUUUGCCUACAGUCGCUGCUGUCUCAUAGGUGCGAGUUUCAGGAUUUAUGGACAUAAGGUUAACCAAUUCCUUAAGAAAUCGAUAACUUCCCAAAGGCUUAUACUGUUAUUCAGAGUAUUAAGCUAGGCUACAUUCUCGGUUGAGCUUAACUAAAGGUCUGGACGAUAAGCUAUGUAACAAUUUCCCAAUUCCUUUUGUGAAAAAAGAAGAGUCUGGUCCUUUUAACUGUAGGUUAAAAACAGUGUGUCGGUGUUGACUCUCAUGAUAUCCUUCAAAAUGUAUUAAACUAGCGUUUUAUCUUGUUUCUGCCUAACCUUAAUAAAAUAAUACUCAAUGUUAAAGAUAAUGCUCACGGACGAGCCGUGCGCAUUUAUUCCAAAUAUGUGUAUUUAAUGUUUGUAAUUAGACAAUAGUUUUAUACGAGAACCACAAAUAUUGUACAAAUAUAUCGAAAUGUAACAAUAAAUAAAAUAAUGUACGUAAU